UUUCCAUAACAUGGGGAAAGCUAAAUGACAGCGUGAUGCUUGCAUGCACACUCUAACCUGCCGGAGUCAGGGUUAAAACACGGUUAAAUUGGUUCUGUUGUUAUCUAGUCGGAGGCAGCGGGCACCAUGGUGAAGGAGCAAUUCAGAGAGACAGAUGUGGCCAAAAAAAUCAGCCACAUCUGCUUUGGGAUGAAGUCUGCCGAGCAGAUGCGUCAGCAGGCUCACAUCCAGGUGGUCAGCAAGAAUCUGUACAGCCAGGACACCAAGCACACCCCACUGUCCUAUGGAGUGCUGGACCACCGCAUGGGCACAAGUGAGAAAGACCGACCAUGCGAGACUUGUGGGAAAAAUCUGGCAGAUUGUUUGGGACACUACGGCUACUUGGACCUGGAGCUGCCAUGUUUCCAUGUUGGCUAUUUCAAAGCCAUCAUAGGAAUCUUACAGAUGAUUUGCAAGACAUGUUCCUGCAUAAUGCUGACAAAAGAAGAGAAACUGCAGUUCAUGGAUUACUUGAAAAGACCCAACCUGGCCUAUCUUCAAAAACGAGGCUUGAAGAAGAAGAUCUCUGACAAAUGCCGCAAAAGGACAGUCUGUCUGAGUUGUUCGGCCUUCAACGGCCCAGUGAAAAAGUGUGGCUUGCUAAAGAUCAUCCAUGAAAAGUACAAGACGACCAAGAAGGUGGUGGAUCCUAUUGUGUCAGAAUUCAUCCAGUCGUUUGAUAUCGCCUUAGAGCAUAACAAAAUGCUGGAAUCGUUACUUACCAGGGCACAGGAGAACUUGAACCCUCUAGUGGUGCUGAACCUGUUCAAGAGGAUCCCUGCAGAAGACAUCCCCCUGCUGCUGAUGAACCCCGAGGCGGGGAAACCCGCCGACCUCAUCCUCACCCGCCUCUUAGUGCCUCCCCUCUGCAUACGGCCCUCUGUGGUCAGCGACCUCAAGUCGGGCACCAACGAGGAUGACCUCACCAUGAAGCUCACGGAGAUCAUCUUCCUCAAUGAUGUCAUCAAGAAGCACCGAAUGACAGGAGCCAAGACCCAGAUGAUCAUGGAGGACUGGGACUUCCUGCAGCUGCAGUGUGCCCUCUAUAUCAACAGCGAGCUCUCUGGCAUCCCUCUCAACAUGGCACCUAAGAAGUGGACCAGAGGCUUCGUCCAGAGACUCAAGGGAAAGCAAGGACGGUUCAGAGGAAACCUCUCAGGGAAGAGAGUGGAUUUCUCUGGAAGAACUGUCAUCUCUCCCGACCCAAACUUGAGGAUUGAUGAAGUGGCUGUCCCUGUGCAUGUGGCCAAAAUCCUGACUUAUCCAGAGAAGGUGAACAAGGCCAAUCUGGAACUAAUGAGGAAGUUGGUCCGGAACGGCCCUGAAGUUCACCCUGGAGCAAACUUCAUCCAGCAUCGCCACACGCAGAUGAAGAGGUUUUUAAAAUAUGGCAAUCGGGAGAAGAUGGCCCAGGAGCUACGGUUUGGUGAUGUGGUUGAGAGGCACCUCAUAGACGGAGACAUUGUCCUCUUCAAUCGACAGCCUUCUCUGCACAAACUCAGCAUCAUGGCCCACAUUGCCAGAGUCAAGCCACACAGGACGUUCCGCUUCAAUGAAUGUGUGUGCACCCCGUACAAUGCUGACUUUGAUGGUGACGAGAUGAACCUCCAUCUGCCUCAGACUGAAGAAGCCAAGGCCGAGGCCCUCGUCCUGAUGGGUACCAAAGCCAAUCUUGUCACCCCAAGAAACGGCGAGCCUCUGAUUGCUGCUAUUCAGGACUUCCUGACAGGAGCCUACCUCUUGACACUCAAGGACACCUUCUUUGACAGAGCUAAAGCCUGUCAGAUAGUGGCAUCCAUCCUUGUGGGCAAAGAUGAAAAAGUCAAGAUUGCUCUCCCUCACCCAGCUAUAAUGAAGCCCAUGGCUCUGUGGACGGGGAAGCAGAUCUUUAGCCUCAUUCUCAAGCCCAGUAAGGACUGUCCAGUCAAGGCAAACCUGCGCACCAAGGGCAAACAGUACUGCGGCAAAGGAGAGGACCUCUGCUCCAAUGACUCCUUUGUGGUGAUCCAGAACAGUGAGCUCAUGUGUGGCAGCAUGGACAAAGGCACCUUGGGGUCUGGCUCCAAGAACAACAUCUUCUACAUCCUGCUGAGGGACUGGGGACAGCUGGAAGCUGCUAAUGCCAUGUCGCGCCUGGCAAGGCUUGCUCCAGUCUACCUCUCCAACCGGGGCUUUUCCAUUGGCAUUGGUGAUGUGACACCGGGCCAGGGUCUACUGAAGGCCAAGCAGGACCUGCUGAACGAAGGCUACAGGAAGUGUGACGAAUACAUUGAUGCUCUGAAGACUGGCAAGCUGCAGCAGCAGCCAGGCUGCACUGCUGAGGAGACCCUGGAGGCUCUCAUCUUGAAAGAGCUGUCUGUCAUCAGAGAUCAUGCUGGCAGUGCUUGCCUCAGGGAGCUCGACAAGAGCAACAGCCCUCUUAUCAUGGCCCUUUGUGGCUCCAAGGGAUCUUUCAUUAAUAUCUCCCAGAUGAUUGCCUGUGUGGGGCAGCAGGCCAUAAGUGGCUCUCGAGUACCGGAUGGCUUUGAGAAUCGCUCCCUGCCUCACUUUGAGAAGCACUCAAAACUGCCUGCUGCCAAGGGCUUUGUGGCCGACAGCUUCUAUUCCGGCCUGACGCCCACCGAGUUUUUCUUUCACACCAUGGCUGGCCGGGAGGGUCUGGUGGACACAGCUGUCAAAACCGCAGAGACUGGAUACAUGCAGAGGCGUCUGGUUAAGUCCCUGGAGGAUUUGUGCUCGCAGUAUGACCUGACAGUGCGAAGCUCCACCGGCGACAUCAUCCAGUUUAUCUACGGUGGCGACGGCCUGGACCCCGCUGCCAUGGAGGGCAAGGAUGAACCGCUGGAGUUCAAGAGAGUCCUGGACAGCAUCCGGGCUGUCUAUACGUGUCCAGACGAGCCUGCCCUCAGUAAAAACGAGCUUGUCCUCACUGCCGAUGCCAUUAUGAAGAGACCUGAGUUUUUGUGCUGCAGAGACAGCUUUUUGGAGGAGAUAAGGAAGUUCAUCAAGAGUAUGUCAGAAAGGAUCAAGAAGACCAGAGACAAAUACGGCAUCAACGACAAUGGCACCACUGAGCCAAAGGUUCUCUAUCAGCUGGACCGCAUUACCCCCACCCAGCUGGAGAAGUUCCUAGAAACGUGCAGGGACAAAUACAUGAGAGCUCAGAUGGAGCCGGGUUCAGCAGUAGGGGCCCUGUGUGCCCAGAGCAUUGGGGAGCCAGGCACCCAGAUGACCCUGAAAACCUUCCACUUUGCUGGAGUAGCUUCCAUGAAUAUCACCCUGGGAGUGCCUCGCAUCAAAGAGAUCAUCAAUGCCUCCAAGAACAUAAGCACCCCUAUAAUCAGCGCUCAUUUGGAUGUGGAAGAUGAUGCCGAUUUUGCCCGGCUGGUAAAAGGACGGAUUGAGAAAACUCUUCUAGGAGAGAUUUCUGAGUACAUAGAGGAGGUUUUUCUACCAGAUGACUGUUUCAUUCUGGUGAAACUGUCACUGGAGAGAAUAAGGCUGCUGCGAUUAGAGGUAAACGCAGAAACCGUGCGUUACUCCAUCUGCAUGUCUAAACUGCGAGUAAAACCGGGAGACAUUGCUGUGCACGGCGAGGCUGUGGUCUGCGUCUCCCCCCGAGAGAACAGCAAAAGCUCCAUGUACUAUGUGCUGCAGUCUUUAAAGGAAGAACUUCCCAAGGUGGUGGUUCAAGGAAUCCCUGAGGUUGCCCGAGCUGUCAUUCACAUCGAUGAACAGGGUGGCAAGAACAAGUACAAACUCCUCGUGGAGGGGGAUAACUUGAGAGCUGUCAUGGCAACCCAUGGAGUGAAUGGAAGCAGGACUACUUCAAACAAUACUUAUGAGGUUGAGAGGACCUUGGGCAUUGAGGCUGCCAGAACAACCAUCAUCAAUGAGAUUCAGUACACCAUGGUGAAUCACGGAAUGAGUAUUGAUCGGCGUCACGUUAUGCUCCUGGCAGACCUCAUGUCCUACAAGGGGGAAAUUCUUGGAAUCACCAGGUUUGGCUUGGCCAAGAUGAAGGAAAGUGUCCUCAUGCUGGCAUCCUUUGAGAAAACAGCUGAUCAUCUCUUUGAUGCUGCAUACUUUGGACAAAAGGACUCUGUUUGUGGCGUGUCCGAGUGCAUCAUCAUGGGCAUUCCAAUGAAUAUCGGCACAGGACUCUUCAAACUCCUACACAAAGGUGAUAAGGAUCCCUCUCCCCCCAAAAGGCCUCUUCUCUUUGACAACACAGACUUCCAUAUUCCUCUGAUCACAUAGCAUUGCGGACAGACUGGAUUGUUCCCUUCUGCCUUCUUUGAACUGUGCUUGAGAUAAAGCUUUGACUGCUUUUUUUGCCAGAUGAUGGUCCAAGUGCCACAUUGCAAAGUGAAAACAGCAGGGUUAUUUGUGUGUCGCUGCCUUAGAAUGGCAAGGUUUUUUGAAGCUGUGUUUGCUGACAUCCUCCAACUAUUUUUUUAGUCAGCACACAACGGAAGUGCCUGCCAAAUGUCAGAUAUUUUCCUCUUCAGACGUUGAAACGCAAACCAGUCUGUCAUGACAUAUUUUUCUGGAAUUCAUGUUUUUGCUGGAGCCACAGACUGUGAGAAGAUUUUUGGUUUCUUUUACAAAGCAAACUGCUCAGCAUUUAAGUGACACUAGACUUGCUGAUUAUUUGAUUUGAAUUGUGCUUUACUGAGGAGAGUUCAGUCAAUUCUAGACGUUAGAGUGCUCUUUAUUUCACAGCUUUUCUUGUUUUUUUUACUUGCUUGUACGGUGCCUUUACUCUGGUAUUAAGGUAUGAUAUACAUUUAUGUUCCCUCAAUGUAAUGGCUCCCACUGAUGUUAUUUUGUGUGCAUAAUGUAUAAUACAUCCCAUUCAUACCUGAAUGGUGAACACAUAAGAAAAAUGACCUUGAUCAUCAAGCAGACUUGAUCUCUUCUGGUUUACCUUUUCAUAGUUUUGUAUCAUUGCCAAUAACACUGUCAGUGUUUUCCAUUCAUUGUGUGGAAAAAAGAGCAAACUGUGUGCAAUCAAGUGCAAUUUCUCAUUUCUGGAAACAAUCAGCUUUUCCACAAGGUUGUAUCCAUAUAGGGAUGUAAUUGUUAAAUGAGGUCAAAAGUUGCUAUUAGAUCCCUUGAGCAGCAAUUUUUGUGUGUUUAUGUAUAUAUUUUGCCCGUGAAUAAAUUAUUUAAGUAGU